UUCUUCCGCUAACUCCUCUUUGCACUUCAUCUUGCUUCACACUCUCUCUUUCUCUCUCUAGGAAUGGCUAUUAUUUUCUCAGAUCUGCACACUGAAUCUGGACUAAAGUCCCUCAACGACCAUCUCGCCGGAAAAUCCUAUAUCUCCGGGGAAAAGCUUACAAAGGAUGAUGUUAAGGUUUAUGCUGCUGUAGCUGAGAAGACUGAUGAUUUUCCUAAUGUCAGUCAGUGGUAUGGAAGUGUUGCCUCUCAACUUGCCGCCAGCUUUCCGGGUAAGGCUGUUGGAGUUGGAUUAGGAGGUCAAGGUUCUGUUUCUGAAGCUGCUAUUGCUACUGAAGAAAAGAAGGUUGCUCCUGAUGCUGAGGAUGAUGAUGACCUCGAUUUAUUUGGUGAUGAAACAGAGGAGGAAAAGAAGGCUGCUGAAGCAAGAGAUGCUGCUAAAGCAACAACUACCAAGAAGAAAGAAAGUGGAAAGUCAUCAGUUCUUAUGGAUGUAAAACCAUGGGAUGAUGAAACCGACAUGAAGAAGCUAGAAGAGGCUGUUAGGAGUGUGGAGAUGCCCGGUCUCCUUUGGGGAGCUUCUAAAUUGGUUCCAGUUGGUUAUGGUAUUAAGAAGAUGCAAAUCAUGCUUACCGUUGUUGAUGAUCUUGUCUCUGUUGAUGAUCUCAUUGAAGAGCGUUUGACUGUAGAGCCCAUCAACGAGUAUGUUCAGAGCUGUGACAUUGCUGCCUUCAACAAAAUCUAAAUUAUCUCUGUUUUCUACACUCUUUACCUAUUGUUCUUCAUGUUUUGAGGUUGUUUUCAUACUUCCCUUAAAGAAACUUGUACUAAACCGGCUAAAUUUUUGUUAUUUUUGUGUUUUAUUAAGGUUGAAUUAUAAUUUUUGUUUAAUUUAUGGCAUGAAAUUAUCUCUCAA